GGUGGUGAUGGCGCGCACGAAGCAGACGGCGCGGAAGUCGACGGGCGGCAAGGCGCCCCGCAAGCAGCUGGCCACCAAGGCUGCCCGCAAGAGCGCGCCGGCCACGGGCGGCGUCAAGAAGCCGCACCGCUACCGGCCCGGCACGGUGGCGCUGCGCGAGAUCCGGCGCUACCAGAAGUCCACGGAGCUGCUGAUCCGCAAGCUGCCUUUCCAGCGCCUGGUGCGCGAGAUCGCGCAGGACUUCAAGACCGACCUGCGCUUCCAGAGCUCGGCCGUCAUGGCGCUGCAGGAGGCCAGCGAGGCCUACCUGGUGGGGCUCUUCGAGGACACCAACCUGUGCGCCAUCCACGCCAAGCGCGUCACCAUCAUGCCCAAGGACAUCCAGCUGGCCCGCCGCAUCCGCGGAGAGCGCGCCUGAGCUCCCUGCCGUAACCCACGCAGACCCAAAGGCUCUUUUAAGAGCCACCACAAAAACGCAAUAAAAGAGCUGUUGCGCUCG